AUGAGGGCGCACCUCCUAGCCCAAAUAGGUCCAGGAAUAUCCCCGAGACUCUCCAGAGUUGCAGAAUUGCAGAUCUGCAGAAGCAUCUUCUACCAAGCCUAUCAUCAUGCAAGGGUUCCGCUACAGCCCAGACCUUCUGGAAGGUCUCCCGAAGAGCUCACUAAGGAGCUCAAGAAAUAUGAAGAUUGGUUCUGGCUCGAUGCGCCCAAGUUGAAGACGAUUUCAGAUCACUUUGCUAAGGAGCUGGAAAAGGGUCUUACCAUCGAGGGUGGGUCUGUUCCUAUGAACGUCACAUGGAUUAUGAAAUACCCAACAGGCCAGGAGCGAGGACGGGUUCUCACCGUUGACCUGGGAGGAACCAACAUCCGUCGGAAAUACAAGCUUCCGGAGGAAGUCAAGACGACCACAAAAGAGGCCCUGUGGGGUUUCAUUGCGGACCAAAUCAAAUCGUUCCUCAGUGAAAACCACAGUGGCCUCGGUACUGAAAACCCACUACCGAUGGCGUUUACAUUCUCGUUCCCAGUGGAGCAAAAGUCUAUCCGCAGUGGCAUUCUGCAACACUGGACCAAAAAUUUCAAUGUUUCCGGAGUGGUAGGACACGACGUAGUACCUCAGCUGGAGGAAGAACUAGCAAAGAAGAACGUCCCAGUGAGAAUAGUCGCCCUCGUCAAUGAUACAGCGGGGACCCUUGUCGCAUCACAUUACCGGGAUCCGCAUGUAAAGAUUGGUAGUAUUUUCAGUACUGGCUGCAACGCAGCGUACAUGGAAGAGUGCCGGUUGAUCCCAAAGCUGCGUGGCUCAGGACUGCCUGAAGAUGCAACUGUGAUCAUCAACACCGAGUACGGUGCGUUUGAUAGCGAGCGUAAGGUACUACCGUUGACUCCAUUUGACCGUCAGCUUGACGAUGAGUCCGCCCACCCAGGCAGACAGAUAUAUGAGAAGAUGGUAUCUGGGUUGUACAUAGGAGAGAUGCUGCGCCUGGUAAUGCUGAGAAUGCAUGAGGAAGGUAUGCUCUUCAAGGGCCAAGACGUCUCGCGUCUCCGGACCGUGAACUCAUUGGAGACAUCUUUUCUGUCUGCUGUUGAGACGGAUAUGUCCGAAAGCCUCACCGACGUGAAACACGUGUUCAAGGAGAGCCUCAAUCUGGAAGUCGCGCUGGACGAGCUGAAAGCGUGUCGUUAUCUUAUCGGCCUGAUCUCGAUGCGCGCAGCGCGUCUCUACGCGUGUGGAAUUGCGGCCAUCUGCAAGAAAAAAGGGAUCCGUCAGUGCCACGUUGGGGUUGAUGGCACGGUGUUCAGUAAAUAUAGUAUGUUGAAGGGACGGGCAAUGCAGGGUCUUCGUGAUAUUUUUGAUUGGGAGGGAGACAGAUUGGAUUGGAUUUCUCUAAACACGGCCGAGGAUGGGUCUGGAGUAGGAGCAGCUUUGGUUGCGAGUGUGGCUCUUGACCCGAGUGAAUUAGAAGAUUGUAAUGCGGAGGAGUAUAUCACUUCACUAGGGAUCGGCCCUCCUCCCUCCAUCAUCCACUUGCACAAUGCGGUUCCGAACACAAUUAAGAGACAGCAAGACCUUCUCCAAGCUCACCGCGUCAUUGUCCUCGCUGGGCAAGGUAUGUUGGAUGCGCCUGGAGUACGAGGUGAUCCGCUUUACCAUCAUACCCGACCAAGGCACACAAGUGUGGGCAUCAAUACCAGUCGUAAGCACAAUGAUAUCAAAGAUAUCAGUCGUAUGAUCUAUAUAUUCACUGCUUUUCAGGGAACCAUUUUCGAUGACACAACCUACGAGCUAGAAUCCAAUUCCGACGCCAUCAAUAUCGAAGUCAAUAUCAGCGUCCUGAACCGGGCCCUGCGCUCCGCCUGGGGCGCAACACAUGCACAGCUCCGACUAACUAAAAAAGAGAAGACCCCUCUCUUGGCACUAACAGUCCUCGCAUCAGAAUGGACAGAGGGAAACAUGGCCUUGGCCACCAAUGAUGACGCCGGCUUUGGCGACGAGCCCAAUUCAGAAGAAGCACCAGCCGACACGACAGGUGAUCGAGGCCCACGCGAACGCCAGACAUGGAUCACGCAAGAAAUUCCCAUCAAGAUCCUCCACGAGUCAGCAGUCGAAGGCUUGCACGAACCGCACUGCCCAGACCCCGAAGUGCACAUCAUCCUACCCAACCUGGCGCAGUUAAAGAGCAUCUCCGAUCGCUUCACGAAACUCGCAUCCACAGAUAGCAAAAACCGACAGCCGGGCGUGAUGGCACCCGAUGCGCCGGGGAUGCACUCUGUCUCUUUCGGUGGAGCGGGCGCUAACACAGCUGCCACGGCACUAUCCACCAACUCGUCUCCCAAGCUUGAAUUAUCCGCUAAUAUGCAUGGUUCGCUACGGCUAGCUAUUGCUACAGACGAGCUGCGCAUCGCGAGUGUCUGGUCUGACCUCGUGAACCCGCCGUUGGAUCCUGCGCAGAUGACUCAGGAGGAGAUGAGCCAGCUGCCCAGUGAGCUUAAUCGAAAGCGCGAGGCGAGCGAGGCGUUCGAUUUUGGUUGGGCUAAGGUCCGGAUUGAUGGAAAGGACUGGAGUCGGGUGCUCAGUAUUGGUAGACUCAGCCCCAAGGUUGUUGCCUGUGAGUUUCGAUGCUCCUCGGAAUUGCCGCUUGCUGGUGCAAGUGCUGACUCGAUUUCUCAUUCGUUGUGGUUAGGCUUCGUCAAUGAAAUGGCACUGGUUCUCUACGUUUAUCUGCCACAUCAUCGCGAUGAAGAGGAAUCUUGUUUGACGUAUUAUAUCAAUUCAUUUACCACAUGA